GUGUGUGUGGUGGCCGUGUUAAAACAAACAAACCAACAUGAAACCGAAGGAUGAAACACCGAAGCCGAUUCGGCUGAUAGCUGCGGCGUGCAGAAAUAUGGGAAUAGGCAAGAAGGGUCGCCUUCCGUGGAGUCUUCCGACAGAGUUUCAGUUCUUUUUGAAUACCAUCACGGCUGUGUGUACAUCAGGAAAGAAGAACCUGAUCAUAUGGGGUAAAUACAGCUGGUUCUCCUGCCCAGAGAGUGUUUUCCCCCUGGCCAACAGCCUCAAUGUAGUUCUGAGCAAAAAGCUGAGGUCUGUCCCAAAGCAUGCUCACUACGUGUGUGAAGAGUUUGUCAGUGCAGUUCAUUUGGCCUCCCACCCUCCUCUCAGUGACCUUGUAGAGACCAUUUGGAUCUUAGGAGGAGCUAAAGUGUACAAGGAAGCUCUGGAGCACCCUUGGUGUGACCUCAUCUACCUCACUGACAUCAUGGCUGACUUUGACUGUGAUGUUUUUUUCCCAGAUUUCGACCAAAAUGUUUACAGGAAACAAAGCAUUUUCCCUGGUGUGCCAAAUGAGAUUCAAGAAGAGAAUGGCAUCAAAUUUCAAUUUCAAGUCUUCAGGAGGGAAAACUGCAAUAAGAAGCUGCAGCUACAAUAAGAAGAUGGAAGUGUUAUUUUUAUCAAGUGUGUCUCGGUGCAUACCAUGUAGAAAUAAAAAACAUUUAGCCUUUU